AAACAAAAAGAGUAAACCAUACAAUUAGAUAUAUUACAGCAACAAACAAACAUGAAAGACGUGAAAGACUUUUUUAAUUCAAUGCAUUAUGAAGUUAACCCCAAAAAGGAUGCCGAAAUCAUUGGAAGAUUGAUAUCCAACCCUCAAAUUAAGAAGCAUCUUGUCCAAAGAACUGUAUGCAUUGCAGUUGCUCUUUUCUUGUGGAUUUACAUAAAUGGAGGCCUGGUACCAAGAUUUAUGCAGAGCAAGAUGGGUAUGCUACAGAUUGGUAAUGAUGCAGAUAUUAUAGCAUUCUUCCCAGAGUCUGAUGAUGAUGGUGCAAACAUCAAGUGGGCUCGUGGUGUUAAUUCCUUGGAGAAAUUGGAACGAGCCCUCUAUAGUAAGGAUGUACACAUGGUUGAGGCUGAUAUAAUGUUGCGGGGUCAAGGGACAAAGACACAAGAGCUCACACCUGUGAUGGCCCAGUUUCCAGACACUGACGGUGAAGUCACAUUUGAUAUCUGGCUGGAUGCGGUUAUUAAAGCUAACACUAAAGGAAUAAAGCUGGACUUUCAAGCAAUGGAUGCUGUUGAGCUAACAUUACAGAAACUGAAAAAUAGGAAGGAAGAGUUGAAAGUACCAGUUUGGAUUCAUGCCAAUGUACUUCAGGGUCCAUGGGGAGGUGUGCCUAAAGUUGACCCAAUCAGGUUUGUCAAGGUCAUUCGUAAGAUGUUUAAAGAAUGCACAAUAUCUCUUGGAUGGACAACGGGGCACCAUACAGAUCUGAGUCAGAGUGGAUACACCUGGGACAUGGUCCUAGACAUGUACCAUGUUGUCUAUAAGUUGGAACUCGAACCACCAAUAGUAUAUGAAGCAAGAGCGUCAUUCAUACAAAAUUCUGUCCCACAGCUUAAAUGGUUAGUUGACAACACACGGGCCUCACUUUUAGUAUUCCAGGAUCCCAAGGACAUUGAGGAUAAUUACCAUGAGAAUUUGAUGUACGCAAGUUACAAAUUCCCACCUCAUAAAGCAUUCUUUGAUCUGACCAAUGAAGAGCUGGAAUAUUAUUUGAGGGAGAAUAGGCACAGGUCUAGUCAGAAACUAGAUGCUAGAGUUGAGAUGAGGGAUACGUUGAUAUUCAGACCAGAAGCAUGGGUCAAGAUGGGAUUUCAUAUGGAGGCCCAUUCUAUAUUACCUAGUACUGAGGCUAUUGUACUACAAAGUCGAGCAGUGUAUAUGGUCACAAAGGCUAAAUACAAGCCCACUGAUAACAUCAAAUUGCAGGGACGUGUGCAGUUCUUGAAUCGUAAAAAUCUCCAGCCGGAGGACGGACGGACAGGUUUGAGCAUUAUAGUACGUUCAAACUCAUACAUGGACUUUGAAAAUAUUAAAGGUAUUAAAUGUUUCAUAGGACUUGAUGGUGAAAUCGUUGUGGAGAGCAGUAAUUUGCCUGGGAAAGGCUUUAAAGAGAGUCAGCGAAUGACGCCUGGGUCAGCGAACUGCUACAGGUUUAGUGUGGUUGAUACAGGUAGAGAAGUUCUAUUCACUGUCACAGUAUUACACGACUGUUUCACUCUUGAGAGUGUGAAACCUAGCGAGAGGAUUGCUGCCCAGAUGAGAGUGGCCAUUCCCACUGAAGUGGGUGGGGUAGCAGUAGAACAUCCAUUUAUUGUGAAACUGGAAGACAGCAAGAGGACUGCUAUUAUUGAUGAGUUGACUGUUAAAUACAAAACGUAGUGAUUUAUAAAUUGGUAGACCUCUUUUAAAGAAUAAUUGUAACUUUUUUCAUCAUUCCACAUUUAUAUUUUCAAAUGAAUUACAUGUAUAUUCAUACUUUUUUCCCACUUUAAUCAAUAUUUUCUGAGGUAUUACUCCUUGUAGAUUUAUUUCUCAAAAAUAAUGUAUUUAUAUAGAUAGAAUCAAAUAUGUGUCUAGUGGUUCUGAAUAUCUGAGAUCUGAGGUAAUUAGUAUCAUGCACAACAAGGUGAUAAAUACUGUCAAAUCAUGUGAAGUCAUGACUUAUUUUUCAUUUUAUAUGUCAAACUUAGAAUUUCUGUUUUCACAUCAAAUCAUUUUAUUAACAAGAAUGAAUGCUUACACCAGAAUUAUAUGUUAACAAAUGUGCCCAAUUCUGAUAAGUACAUAUAAAUAUAUUGUAUGAAUGCCAAUUUUUCGAAUGAUUGGGACAGCUAAAUUUUAAACCUUAACUGCUGAAUGUUUGUAAUGGAUUUGCCUUGCUUGAAUUUAAUGGGAUUUCGGUGUUUCAAUACAAAAAACUGAGCUGUCAAUAGAAUAAAGCCCGGUCAGACUGCACAGACAUGCACGCUGGUCUGGCUCUAUUCUGGUGGCUAAUUACUUUUCAUUCCAGCAGGUUAAAUUGUUAACGUAACAAUUUUGUUCUAUACAACACAGAAUGGUAUAAAAAUCUGACACUCUUAUCAAAUUUAUUCCUAGUCAGUGAAUAACACUAUGUAUAGCAAAUUGUAUUUCUGCUCAGGUUUAACUUUAAAGCAUUAUUAUAGCAUCAUCUCAUUAGAAAAUCUACAGCUUAAAGAAUAAGUCAUGUUCAGUUUUUAAAGUAUGUGCAUUAAUAAUAAGGCCAUAGAUCAGUGUUUUAUAAUUGUAUUACGGCAAUAAAUGAGCUUUUUUGAAUUUGUGCAUUUUACAUGACUAAGUCUAGUAGUUUUAAGCAUUUUUUUUGUCUUCUUAACAUGUUAUACUAGUUGAAUGUAUUCUAUAAUACAUGUAUACAUGCUGUAUAAUCAGAAUUGCUUUUGAAGAAUGCUACAGGGUUUUAUUAUAGAAUAACUAACCUUAGGUUAAUGAGUAAUUACAUAUUUACAAGUAUUAAUUUAGUGCCUGAAUUUACAGGUAUUGGAAUUUUUUUCAGUGGUUUGCUUGUUGAUUAUUUCAUUAUGUUGGCUUAUAUUUGUUAUGAAGUGAAAAAAAAACAUACCUUAAUUAUAACACAUGGAUUGAUCUUUAGAAAGUUAGAAUACAAAGAGAUCAAGAUGGGAUUUUAGGAUGGUGCAGUCAAUCACUCAAGCUGUUUUCUACAGUAACCUCAUCAAUUUGUUUCUUGUAGUAAUUCAAUUAUGUUACUUCUUGUUUUGAUAGUGCAAAAAAGCCACCUAUCUGUAGACCUUGCUAUUAUAAUUUAUUGUUAUACAUGAACAAAUAUAUGAAAUACAAAUAAACUUGGGGUAAAUGUUUUAGAACUUUAGUCUAUGCAAGAGAUAAUAUAAGAUUGUGGUAUGAUUGUUUGCUAUAGCUUUAUUUUUUGUACAUAUCAACUGAUGAUAUUGUGAUACAUUUAUUUUACAUUUUAUAAACAGUAUACUCAUAUUUUGAUAAUAAAAUGAUUUUCUCC